AUGUCGCUCUCCUACUCCCUCACCUACUCCUAUGCAGGAGACGCCUUGAUCAAUGGGUUCAACUUCUUCAACGAGACCGACCCCAGCUCGGGUUUCGUGGCAUACCAAAGCAGGGAGGCUGCUUAUGAGCAGGGGUUGUACUCCGUUGACCCCGUCAGCGAUGUUGUCACCCUGAGGGUGGACACCACCAACACUUAUGCUACCGAUGGUAGCGACGGCUACAGGCCGUCUAUUCGCAUCGAGAGCAAGGAGGCUUUCAACCACGGUCUGAUCAUUGGUGACUUUGCCCACAUGCCUGGAUCCGUCUGCGGCUCAUGGCCCGCAUUCUGGAUGUACGGCCCCGACUGGCCAGAAUCGGGUGAGAUUGACAUCAUCGAGGGUGCCAACACCGCUGUAGAGAACCUCAUGUCUGGCCACACCGCGUCGGGUUGCACACUGCCCAGCACUGGAGGCUACACUGGCACCCAAGGAAACACAGACUGCACCAGUCCUGGCGAUAAUGGCAACAUCGGGUGCAACUACACCCCGCCCGACUCCGAUACCUCGACUUAUGGUGAUACUUUCAACGCCGUCGGCGGUGGCAUCUAUGCCGUCGAGUGGACCUCAGACGCGAUCAAGAUCUGGCACUUCCCCAGAACUGCCAUUCCCACUGAUAUCACUUCCAAGACUCCUGACCCGACCGCCUGGGGUGAGCCGCAGUCUAUCUUCGGUGGCUCAAGCUGCGAUGUCGACACUUUCUUCAACGACAUGAGCAUUGUCAUCAACAUGGACCUCUGCGGUGCGUAUGCUGCCAACGUCUGGGGUGUCACCGAUACUUGCGACUCGAACGCUGCUACCUGCAAUGAAUGGGUUGCUCAGAACCCUUCUGCCUUGGAGAACGUGUACUGGGAGAUCAACUCCAUCGAUGUCUACCAGAAGCCCGAGAUCGUGUCUAGCAGCUCGAGCGCCGCCUCGCUUGGAUUCCCCUCAAGAACCGUCACACUCUCUGGCAUCUUUGGCAACUCUUCCACUGUCGCGCCCGCCAGCACUGGCCUCCCGACCGCUGCUACCACGGCCGAUGCUACCACGACCCCGGCUGGUGUAUCUGUCUCGUCCACCAACACCGCUGUCAUUCCCUCGUCUACUGCUGGCCUUAAUGAUCCUGCUGCUAUUGGCGACUUCACCUUCUUGGGAUGCUUCGGUUCCAACUCCAGCUAUCCGACCUUCAACAUUGCCGGCAGUGAUGCUGCCAUGACUCCCGAGGUCUGCGUCGGUCUCUGCGCCUCGAACAAGUACGCUGGUGUCUACGACACAUCCUGCUACUGCGCCGACGACCUUGAUGCCCUGACCCAAGCCAUCCCUGACACGGACCAGUGCGACGUCCCUUGCCCGGGUGAUGCUUCCGAGUCCUGCGGUGGUCUUGCUCCUUGGGCAGUGAACGGCACCAGCCUUGCCAGCAGAUCUCUCAGCUCUUUCUCGCGUCUGCACCGUCGUGCUGCCCCUGCCCAGAUCCUGCUCACCAUGUAUGCCAAUCUUGCCGUCAUCCCGGACCCGCCGGCGGCUCCUGGCAUGGGUGGCGGCGCUGACGCUGUUGUCACCGCUCACGUCACCAGCACUGUCGUCUCUACCAUCACCUCCACGGUCACCUACGUGUCCGUGUGCUCCACCAACCCGGCCAUCCUGGUCACCCUGGAGUACUGCACCACGUGGACCGUGACUGGCUGCGGCUGCGCCCACGACACGACGCCUGCCGUUGCCAUGAGCACGAUGGUUGCCGCCUGCGACGCUUGCGGUGCUUCUGGCGAGUCCAGCGUCACAUUGACCGUCCCUGCCGCUGUGUGCACCACCGCUGCUGUCACGACUGCCGCUGUCACAAUCCCCGUCGUACCGGCCUCGCCGACCGGCGGUAACACCACCGUACCAGUCCCGACCGCAACCGGUCUCGUCGUCGUCGCGGCGGCUGGACCCGGCGUCAUCGGCAUGGCCAAGGAGUUCGUCAGCGUCGCCGCCAUUGGCUCGCUGACACUGGCUUUGGCUCUGGUCCUGUAA